AUGAUUGUGAGUAAUAUUUUCCAGCCAUAUUGUUGUGGGCGAUGUGAUACUCUAUUGAAAUGGAAACCUCCAUCUCAUAAUUCAGUUGACUUUCAAUUAAGAAUACGGCGUGUAUGUAAAGCAGGUGAACUGCCUGAAUAUAUUGGCUUUCUCCAUGUCCAACAUCAAUCUGAACCAAUGGCACAAAUGAAAGCUACGAAGAAGCUUUUACCUUACGAUAAUAAGAUAAUCGAAUGUACUUUCAAGAAUGGCAAAUGGGAAUUCAUGCGUGAGCGUACGGACAAAAGUUUACCUAAUUCAUGCAGGACCGCAAAAGCUGUUUAUAACAGUAUCAUUUAUCCAAUUGACAAGGAAUCAUUGGUAGCAUUUGUUGAAAGGAUAUGUAUACCGAAAAUGAAAAAAAGAUCUGCUCAGGAUUCAUUAUAUGGUUCAGACAAGAAACACCGAAUUUCGUAG